GAUGCAAUCUGAAGCUAACCCUGUAUUUUGAGUAUUACUAUGACAGAUUAAUUUAACCCCGCUGUUAUGUCCCAACUAGUUUUCAAACUAACUGGAUCCCGUACGCGUGCACGCGCCGUGUUGACCCAUCAGCAUUGGUGUGCCUCUGUCGCAGCUGUAAUGUUUGUGGACACUUACACUCCCGUAUUCGCCUUGGUAGAGACAAUAUGUGACCAUGGAUGUUUGGAUAACACUGGAAAUCCCCAUUAACAUGUUUGUGAGUGCGUGACGAACCUGGUGAAGGAGGCAGUCCACAGCUGCAUUUAGGAACAGGGCGCGUUCACGUACAGGAACCAAUUGGGUUGAAAAAAAUUUGCGACACAACACUGGACACUGUAAAACGCAGAGCUGGCAAAUUAGCUUGUUUGUUUUAAUGUUUUAAUGCUUGGCAAACCAGGCCGCAGUUUAAUAAACUAAAAGAAAGAAGUCAGAAGUCCACAGCUGGUGUUCUCCAGUAAGCAGGUUGUUUUUCUCCCAGGGUGUGUGAAGUGGCAGCGCAGUGAUUGAGCUUACCUCCCUCAGCUAACGUUAGCGAACUCUGCUAACGUUCAUUCAACCCAACAGCGACCGAAAACAAGUUAAGACUUUCAGCACGACAUGGCCAGAGCUAUGUGGGAUCUGAAGAUACAGACAGUUCAGGUGAAACAAUAAGGACUCAUGUCUACUUCACAAACACUCACACCCCUGUACUCUCACUGUGGAGAACAUCUCAGCAGGGUGAAGACGGUAAAGAUGGAGCUGCUGAGAACUCUUGUCAGUGAGCGUUUGUCUGAAGCUGCCGAGGAGAUCUUCAAGAUUGUAGAGAGAACCAUUAUAGAAUAUGAAAAGGAAAUGUCCUGUUCAAAGUGGGUCGUGGACAGCCACCGCAGACUGCUGGAUGUUGCCAAGACACACAGUGAAGACUCUAUCCAGAUGUCUGUCACAGAUGUGAAGUUGCAGUCUGGUCAGCAGCAGCCUGCUGCCAGUGUGAACGUCAGCGUGUGCUGGGACGAGCCAGAAAACACCACGUCAGAGCCCACAGAAGAUUGGUACAACAUGAACAGCACUCAUCCAGACUCCUCUCCUGCCACUGAGAACGAUCAAAGUGAUCAGGAGAUACUGAUUGAUAUAGAAGAUGACUACGUGAAGCAGGAGUGUGACCUGAAAGUGAAGAAACCAUUCAAAUGUCCCGUUUGCUUGAGCCUUUUUUCUUCCAAAAAGACGAUGGUACAACACGUCAAAAAGCAUCCGGAGGACAAUUCGUCACUUUACCAGUGCCAGUUCUGUGACCGCUACUUCUGCCGCAAGUCUGAAUUCAUCAUUCACACCAGAACACACAAAGGCUCCAAACCAAGCCAGGACUGUGAGAAAAGCUUUGACGAGAAGGACAGUCUGCUUAUUCACGAACAAAAACACAGUGAGGAGAAACCGCACGUGUGUUUUGGUGCGAAGGUGGAGGUAGAAACUCACUUCAGAUCAGUGACAUCUGUCAGUGAGACUGAAGAGCUCGACUCCAGACAAGAUGAAUCAGGCAUUAAGACUUUUCCACUUGCUAUCACUCCCUAUCAUAAAAGUGACUUUGAUCAAGAGUCACUGCAGCCCCUGUGUCUUUACCAAAUCCAGACUGUUGCCGAUAUAGAUAAAGACUCCUUAGCUGCAGUUAGGGCUGAUCACAUUAAAACUGAGCCGGCUGGAGCUGAUUGUGAAGUCCCACACAAUACCACACAGGAUCAGUUGCUGCUUUCAGUCAACCCGGAUGCACAGCGUGGCGGCGAGACAGAACGCAAACAUUUCAACGUAAAAAGUCCCCGACCUAUAAGACCUUCCACUGAGCUCAUCGUCCAGUUUGAAGCAGGAACAGCACAGAAACCCUACAAGUGUCCUUGUUGCACCAAAUGUUUCUCCUUGACCAAGACUUUGAUAAGACACAUAAAGAUCCACACCGAGGACAAAUCUUAUCAGUGCCAGUUUUGUGGGAGGAACUUCUGUCAGAAGUCAGACCUGGUUAAUCACACGAGAAUACACACAGGAGAGAGACCAUAUCAGUGUAAAGAGUGUCACAAAUCCUUCGCGCAGAAAGGCAACCUGGUGGUUCACAUGAGGAAACAUACAGGAGAUAAACUGUAUCAGUGCCAAGAGUGCAGCUGUAGUUUUAGCCAGAGGUCGUCUUUUGACUGUCACAUGCAGAGCCACAGAUGAGAUUGAACUUUGACCUAAAGCAGGGUAUCAAACUCCAAAACGUUUUCAAGUUGUUCUGGAAUUGAUUGUCUGGUUAGGCUCUUAAUCCUCUUUACAAAGUACCUAUUUUUUGGUUUUAUAGUGAUGAAAAUGAUUCAAAUCCACAGUUUGCCAUUUGACAAGACUGGUUUAGAUCCCAUAGUAAACAUUCAAGUGCCAUUUAUUCACCAUUUUUUUUAGGUCACACGGGAUUUGCUAAUCUUGUUCACAACGUUCCAACCUUUUGAGGUUGUAGAUGAUGGAACUUUGCCAUCAAUCUAGACAAUAUUUCUUACACAUUUUUAUGAUUUCCCCCUGAAUUUGACCUUAAGGACUUUGGGUUCAAGAAAUAAAAAAACUCUUGGUCCUCUACACAAGUGUCUGAAGUUUUCUAUUUUAUUUUCCACAUUUGAAACCAAAGGACCUUUCAUAGUGCUGUUUCGUGCCGGGACAUUUACGGCUCAGUAACAUCUCGCCCCCACUUAGUCCCACUUAGUCUCACAGUCAUCUAAUCACUGUUCAAUGCGACUGCCAUCACUAACUGUGCGCAUCGCCUGCCGCUUAUUGUAAACAAACUGACAUGCUAACUGUGAAGGGACACGAAUAUCACGCCUUCGCAGGGUCACUAUGAACGCCCUAAGGUGAAAAGCCAGCACAGAUCUUUCCGGCAAUAUAGCGGUAGAUUUGCGGGAAGCACUAUGAAAGGGGCUAACGUCCCAACCUUUCGGGGUUGUAGAUGAUCUAGUUGUUAUUAUUUACAUAUUUGUAUGAUUUUCCCCUGAAAUUCGACCUUAAGGACUUUAAGUUCAAGAAAUAAAACACUCUUGCUCCCCUACAAGAGUGUGUGAAGUUUUCUAUUUUCCACAUUUGGAACCAAGUCAACUGUUUCUAGCAAUGAUUACCGAAGCCUCUGUGUCAACUGAGAAUGAUGUCGGCAGGAAAAAUGCACCAAGGCAAAACAAAAAACACCUCAAGAAAUUGGCAAAUUGUGGUGAGAUUGUUUCCAAGGUAAAAAGUCAAUGUCCAAUCUCAGUUUUAAAAAGUAUUUUAUUUAGGUAAAGUUCUUGUCCUGAUUGUACUAAAUGACAAAAGGAGAGACAUCCAUAUUGAAUCUGCACUGUAUUUCUGACCAACAGCCCUAUUUGCCUUAUUUCUGCGUAUUUAUUAUUCAUUAUUUUCUGGUGAACCUCAUGUAUUAACAAGUCUCACUGUGGCCACACUGUAUUUACAGACAGUGAAAAUCCCUCAAAUAAAUAAAUGAGUAGUCACUGACAGCAGGAGGGACUUCUUCUGAACCACAGUUAAAAUCCUGGCAUGAGAUGACCUUUCUGUAGGAAUGUGUAUGUGGAGGAAUUUGAAUUAUUUAUUUUUUUUGUUUAGCUGGGAUUUUUAUUUUACAAAUCCCAUGGAGUCUUUGGAAUCUGUAUUAAAAGAUUUGUGUUCAUCAAAAGGUUAUACAAUUGUAUGACUGUGUUUUUUAAUGAUUUUAUUUUGUCAGAAAUAGUAUAUAUGGGUUUCUACAUAAAAUCUAAACAACAGUGUAAAACCAAA